GGGACUGGAGACCGGCAAAGAUCCACAGCGCUGGCAGCCAGGCUGCAUGUUUGAAACAACAAGCUUCAGAUCAAACAUGAUCAGUGUAGGCUGCCAGCACAACCGAGCCAUGUUUGUGCACUGCAUUGUGCAUGAGCUCAUUUCUGCGUUUGUGUGUGAUGGUGUGGGAGGGACACUCUUUUACUUUCCUGGCACCUGAUGCAUGCACACUGAACUCACGUCAAUCCCAGCAAUUAGUAGAUUCAAACGAAUGAACGGAUUAAGUCAUGCUAUCACAUGGACUUUUCCUCUGUAUAUAUGUCCAGCACUCAGCUCUAAGCAGUGGCAGAAAAUAUCCGACCAGUGCGUAAAUGCGCCGUGAGACUGUGCAUUAAUAUCAAUUUUGCCAUGUAUUUGGAUCAAAGUCAGUGAGACACCGCCGUCACUGAAAGUCAUGCCCUCGCUCUGUUUGCUUGCCAGUUCGCUGAGGCUUGGGCAAUGUUGCCUAGUUUUCUCGUUGCGUGGAAACUAAAAGGCUGCUCUGAGUGAGAGCCCUGGAGUGAAGGGGCAUUUCCACUGGCGCGUCGUAGUUUCCAGAGCGGGUUUCGCCGCAAGUUUGACGAGCUGCAGGAGGACUUACUGGAGGCGAACCAAAAUAUCGAACAAGCCGCUUGUUGGAAAGCGCACUGAUCUGGUGGAAGAUAUUAUUUUUGGACACUUGCCUAGAAACGCGCCAUGGAAGGAAGAGGGAAAGCGGCAAAGACGUUCAACAGUUACUGGGGAGGUUGACGUGGACUUCAGCCCUCAGCUGAGGUGGUCCUCCCUGGAGCAUGCCCACCGUAUCCCACAAUGUCCCUUCUUGCAGACUGGCUGCUACGCCACUCGGUGGUCAUGUGUUUGCUGCUGCAUAGUUUGGUGCUAAUGACCUUCUGCUUUCAUCAUGCUGCCACGAGUUGCUCCAAGAACUGCUACUGCACCGAGAGCGAGAGUGGCGGCAAGACUGUGCGCUGCAGCAACCUGCAGCUCACAGAGAUCCCGCAGGACAUCCCCAAUGACACACGACGUGUCUACCUGGAUUUUAACCUCCUCACCACAGUUCCAACAAAUGCUUUUGCCGGUUUAACCCAACUGGUUGAAUUAGACCUUUCACACAAUGAACUAAGUGAGUUAGAACCAGGUGCGUUCAGAGGCCUCGGCUCCACGCUACAGUUCCUGGACCUUUCUUCCAACAAGUUAGGAAACUUGACCCCUGAUGCCUUUGAGGGGCUGCGAGCUCGCGCCAACCUAACAAACAAUCCGUGGCACUGUAAUUGCAAUUUGCAGAUGGCCAUGCCUCGUGUGGACCUGGAGCCUGCAUCACUGACAGGCGUUGUGUGCCACACUUCAGAACCUGAGAAAAUAGGAGUUGAAGGACUUGCCUUCCUGUUGGCACCGGACAUAGACCUCUGUGUGGAGAUGAAGAGGACUACAGAUGUGGCCAUGCUGGUUGUUAUGUUUGGCUGGUUCACCAUGGUCAUCUCCUACCUUGUCUACUAUGUCAGGGCUAAUCAGGAGGACGCACGUCGACAUCUGGAGUAUCUCAAGUCACUGCCCAGCAGACAGGGCAAGUCAGAGGAAUCUUCCACCAUUAGUACUGUGGUGUAGGACUGAUGAUGGAGCUUUGCGUGGGAACUGAAAUGGUAUCCCACAACAAAUAGGACUGAGGUACUGCCCAGCUGUUGUCACGGAGCCAAGUUGGGCAAUAAAACAUGUGCCUGCACAAGAAAACCAGGCAACCUAGCCCAGAUGAAUAAUUCAUGUUUCAGCAGCCCAUUAGGAGUUUUCGUUGGGUGAGUUGAUGGUUUAGUCUGCGCGCUAAAGAAGUAAAAGCUGUGGCAUCUUUUUUCUUGAACUCCAAACAUGGGGAUACAAAUAGAAUUUAUCCAGUGGUGCAUGCACAUUGAUGUACCUCUCUCACAAACAGACAAGUGAGGAGGAAGCAUCAAACAGCAAUGUAAACUGUAGGACAAGGCAACACUACAGUAUGGAACUCUGUACAUCUGUUUCCCAUUAAAGUCCUUACAGUAUUCACCACUAUAAUAUAAGUGAAGUGUUGUUUUGGGGGGUUUCUUAUAUUGAACUGAGCUGAAAAUAUAUACAGCAUUUGGAAUAGUCACUCUUUUGCAGAUGCAUCACUUCUCAUGUCUCCCUGCAGAUGUAUGCACGAUGAAGCAAUACUCAGUUAUUCUGUGAUGAGUUUGAUAGCAGCUACAGUACCAGAGCACCAUAUCGAUGAGAACAGUCGACGUCCACCUGGCUCUACAUGUAGGGAGUACUUCACAGAAAACUCCUGCUACCUUAUGCCUUAAACAACAUGUGCAUUCAACACGUGCGUGUGUGUGUAGGAAUGUCCUCUGGCUAUAACUGCAUAUAAAAAGACGUGCCUUUUUCUGGUUGUUAAAGAUUUAAGAGGAUAGAUUUGAGAGAUUUGGUGGUUUAUCUACUUCUUAACAAGCAACCUUUGCAAAGUCAUGACAAUUAUAGCCUACAUGAUAUCACAAACACAUUGAAGCUCUGGAAAAUGUGCUAAUCAUAUAUCAUUCUCAGGAAAAAAAAGAUUUCAGGAGGUAAGAAUUUGCAAUUAUUUGUUAUUUCAUAUCCAAGCUUCUUUUUUCUUAGCUGGUCGGAAAAGCCCAAACAUACAUUGCUUUUAUCCUUUUACACAGAGGAAUCCUUUAUGAUACCUGGUUAUCUAGUGUCUGCUUUUGUACUGUUUUUCAUAUUCUCUCAAGCCUUUAAAAGGCUCCCAUGGUGCCUGUGGGAACCAUAUUGUCUGAUGCGGUCACUGGCAUGGGUUUUCAAAAUAACAUUUAUGAGGCCAUGACCUGCUGGGUCCAUUUAAAGAGCUGGCGGGGAAGUGAAUCUCCGAUUUCACCAGAGGAUGGAAAAUAGGAGGAUGCAUUUGUAUCUCCUUUGAUGAAAUCAUGUUGGGGUUUUUUUUUUCUUUUUCCUGGUAUAGAAAGGUAAGAAUAGCCCAGUGCAGUGCUGAAUAAUGAAAUUUGAUGUCGAAGAUGAGGGGAAUGGUUUGUCAACAAGGGCUUCCCUGUGUCGGACACACAAAUUGCCUCUAGAGCAGAGCAAGACCAAUGAAUGAUUUAUGGUGGCCAUAAAAACACUUGAGCAGAAAGACUGGGACUGCACCCUUCAUCUUCUAUGACCCAGUUCUUGAGGAGAAAUUGAGGGAGAAUGCCACAGGGGAUCAUCUGCCCCCAUCUCUACAGCCCAGCUUACUCUUGCUUGGGUAAAGCACUUUCCAAAUGUCCUUCGGCUGCUCAUUGAUGGUCCACAGAAGUUGCAGUAAACUCUGAGCCAGUUCCAUCUCAUUCUCAAACUCACUUUCCCAAAGGCAACCCUGUGCCUGUAAGGAAUAGUCUGACAAUUUAGGAAAUACUCUUUCUUGAUGGGGGAUUGAGAUCAAAAACUGGGGUAUACUCCAAAAAAACAGCUUAAAUAAAUAAGUUUCACUUUUAUAUAUCGAUUGAUUUAUUAAUUACCUGUACAAAAGCUAAAGUACCAGAUUAUUUCUUGGCUAAGAUCUAGGGUUAAAUGAACAUGUGCUACUAAAUGUAUUUUUAGACAGUCAUGCUGGGGCUAUGCUAUGCUAAGCUAUGCUAAGCUAACGUCAGGGGCGAGGGAAAAAAAUCGCUUCAUACCCAAGUUAUGAAGCGGUUCUUUAAGAAAAGCUUAGAAAAGAUUGAAAGUUUCUGGGGGGAAAAAUUCAAAUUUAAAGGUGGUUGUUGGUGUUACAUGCUUGAGUAACUUUUUCUGUUAGCAAUAUCUGAUGAAGAGGCUUCGUGCUCCUGAGUUUCAGGAAUUUGUUACAGAAAACAAUCAUCUCUUUGGAUUUAAUCUUAAAGAAACCCAGGUACAGCCUCCCACGAUGAGCAGGAGCUUCAGCUGCACUGAAAAAUAGAUGGUGUACCUCCCUGUGACAUUUCCUGCCACAGUCACUCGCACACACACACACACACACACAAAUAGUGAUCUCUCCUACCCUCUUUCCUCCAAUAACACACUCUCACGGUGGCUUUGAAACCAGCCACCGUAAAGGGAGCCUAACUGCAGGGGGAGAUAAGCAUUAAACUAGUAGCAGACAUGUGUCUCAGUAGCUCUUCCAGCUAAUAUAUGUGAGUGUGUACAUUCGUUCGUAUCAGAGGCGCGGGUGCAUGGCGGGUUUUGAGGGUGCCGGUAAUGCAACACCUGUUCCCCAUGCACACAUAAAUGUUGCUGAGGUUAAUUUAAAUUUCAGGCCAGCUCAGCUUGCCCCGCCUGCUACCUUGGACACGUUACACUGGUGUGAGCAUUACAACUGCUAGGUAAUGGGACACAAACUAGGGGAUAAGGUGACUCAUCCAAUCCCACAGAGCACAGCGCUGUUUGGGAUUGGGUUGCAGGUGAAAAUGUUUCCAGGUUCUGAGAUCACAUAGUCCCCGAGUGAGGACCUGAGUGGGCACCUGUCAAUUUGCUUUUUUAGCCAAAAAGGUAAGUGACACCUUCAAGGCUUUAUCUGAGGAGACCGUCAAGGACAUCCUCUGGGUAAGUGUCAAUAUUCUUUGAGGCUGAUCUGAAGAGACUUUCAGGAGACAUUGUUUCAAGGUCCCAGCUUUAUUUUGUGUUACACAGCUCCCCCUGCGGUGGAAAGUGUGUAAGUGUGAGGAAAAUAAAUGUCCAUUGGUACACAUUACAAAUAGAAUUUAUUAGUCAAAGAAGAUUGCAUUUAAAAGACAAUAACAAGGGCAAAAGUAGAUAGCAUACUCUAACUAAAAAUUCAUUUUAUUUAGAGUAUACUGGGAGCAAAAUGACCUGCGGGACCCAAAUUGGC